GUUCAUGAAUCCGUUGCAGCAGAUGGGACGACGAAAUUAUUGCUUCAAUUGGUUGACGGAUUGCAAGUAGAGACUGUAAUUAUUCCAUGGGAUGAACGUCAACGGAGUACGCUGUGUGUUUCGUCACAGGUUGGUUGUCGACAAGCCUGCACUUUUUGUUUGACGGGCCGGAUGGGAAUUCUGCGUUCCCUUUCAGCAGACGAGAUUCUGGUACAAGUUCUACUUGCUAAACGUGCCUGCCGAGAAAACAACAUAUACCCUAUCGACAAUAUUGUUUUCAUGGGUAUGGGGGAACCGGCAGACAAUACGGAUGCUGUUGUGCGAGCCGCAAACGUUUUGACACACCAGCAGCAAUUCCAACUGACACCAAGGCGAAUAACCAUCUCCACGGUCGCCCCGUCUCCAGACGCGUUCCUGAAACUAGGCAAAGCGCCUGUCGCUUUGGCAUGGAGUGUCCAUGCGUCCAGGGAAGCGGUUCGCCGAGAGCUUGUUCCGACGACAAAGUAUACUAUGGAGGAGCUUCGGGAAGGCUAUAUCAAAGCGCUCCUUGAUCGCUCGAGAAGUAUGAGGACCACAAUGUUGGAAGUCACCCUGUUGGAUAAAAUUAACGAUUCUCUGGAAGAUGCUGAGCAUUUAGCGGAUUUUUGCCAACCGCUUUUAAAGAGUGUCCCUGGAAUAAAACUGGUGGUCAACUUGAUACCCUGGAAUGAUAUUUCCGCCUCGUUUGGACCUGCUUCAGUUUACAGGAAACCGACAACAGAACGCAUUGGUGAAUUCCAGAAAGCUCUUAUCGGCCGAGGAAUUCUUUGCUACGUGCGGACAACUCGCGGUGAUGACGAAGGCGCCGCUUGCGGCCAGCUCGCGACUACUAACAAGGUGAAACAUAAAUAG